AUGUCGGUACGCAAUAAUCCCUUUGCGAGGAACAAUGCCCAGCCACAGCAGGGUCCGAAUGUCCCUGGCCUGGGCAGGCCAAGAUCCGCCGUCUUCACGAACCCAGCGGUGCCCAUGAUGCCUUCCGCCGCCGGUCCAGCUGCUGGUGCUGCUCCUCCUACACCGCCAACCCACAUUCGCAGUCUAUCCCAUGCCUCGAGCCAGCCCACACUCGUUCAGCCGAUACCAAUACGCCCAGGACAGAAGAGCUCCUUGCCCAGCUCGACUACCUUUGCGCCGUCCUUCAUCAAGACGGAGGACAUGCGAAAACAUGCCGACAUAGUCAAGGGAAUCGAAGGCGAGGACUUCUCGGGCAAAAAGUAUGUCUGGCUUAAGGAUCCCCAGACAGCCUUUGUCAAGGGUUGGGUCGUCGAAGAGCUCCCAGAGAACAAAUUGUUGGUUCAGUGCGAUGAUGGAAGCCAACGUGAGGUGGAUGCCGAAACGGUCGACAAAGUCAACCCGGCCAAGUUCGACAAGGCUAAUGACAUGGCCGAGCUGACCCACCUGAAUGAGGCCUCAGUCGUCCACAAUUUGCAUACGAGAUACCAGUCCGACCUCAUAUACACGUACUCGGGCCUUUUCUUGGUCGCCGUCAACCCGUAUUGUCCUCUCCCCAUCUAUACCAACGAGUACAUUAACAUGUACAAGGGGAGAAACAGAGAGGACAACAAGCCCCAUAUCUUCGCCAUGGCCGACGAAGCUUUCCGCAAUCUUGUUGAUGAGCACGAGAACCAGAGUAUCUUGGUUACCGGAGAGUCAGGUGCUGGCAAAACGGAAAACACGAAAAAGGUCAUCCAGUACCUAGCCGCUGUGGCGCACCCAGAUCCUUCGGGCAGGACUAGAAAUCCUCAGCAUUCGAAUCUGUCGGCGCAAAUCCUCAGGGCCAACCCAAUUCUGGAAGCGUUUGGUAAUGCCCAGACAGUACGCAAUAACAACUCGUCAAGAUUCGGCAAAUUCAUCAGAAUCGAAUUCUCGAGCAAUGGCUCUAUUGCCGGUGCCUUCAUAGACUGGUAUCUUCUCGAGAAAUCUCGAGUGGUCCAUGUCAACACCAAUGAGCGUAACUACCAUAUCUUCUACCAGCUGCUCAAGGGCGCAGACCGGAAGCUCAAGCAAGAGCUUCUGCUGGAUAAUAUGGACGUCAAGGAUUUCACUUAUACCCGGGAUGGCCAUGACACCAUUACCGGUGUGUCUGAUAAGGAGGAGUGGGACUCGCUCAUUGAAGCCUUCCUGGUGAUGGGCUUCUCUGACGAAGAGCAGGUUGCAAUUCUCCGAACGAUUGCAGCCGUCCUCCACCUGGGCAACAUCACUGUGGUCAAGGAGAGCCGGUCCGCUGAUCAAGCUCGCCUGAACCCUGAUGCCAAGACAAUUGCCGGGAGGGCUUGCAAACUUCUAGGCGUACCUUUAGAGCCUUUCCUCCAAGGCUUGCUGCAUCCCAGGGUCAAGGCAGGUCGAGAAUGGGUCGAAAAAGUGCAAACACCAGAGCAGGUUCGCUUGGCCAUAGACGCUCUUGCAAAGGGUAUCUACGAGCGAGGCUUCGGUGACCUUGUAGCGAGAAUCAACCGCCAGCUCGAUAGAACCAGUAUGGGUCUUGACGAUACCCGCUUCAUCGGUGUUCUUGAUAUUGCUGGUUUCGAGAUCUUUGAGACCAAUAGCUUUGAACAGCUGUGCAUCAACUACACCAACGAAAAGCUCCAGCAAUUCUUCAACCACCACAUGUUCGUCCUUGAACAGGAAGAAUAUGCCAGGGAACAAAUCGAAUGGAAGUUCAUCGACUUCGGAAGAGACCUGCAGCCUACCAUUGACUUGAUCGAGCUGCCAAAUCCGAUCGGUAUCUUCUCUUGCCUUGACGAAGACUGUGUAAUGCCCAAGGCCACGGACAAGACGUUCACGGAAAAGCUCAACUCCUUGUGGGAUAAAAAGUCGCAAAAAUAUCGCCCUUCUAGGCUAGGCCAAGGCUUCAUCUUGACCCAUUAUGCUGCCGAGGUCGAGUACUCAACAGAAGGGUGGCUGGAAAAGAACAAGGACCCACUCAACGACAACAUCACACGUCUUCUAGCCGCUUCCACCGACAAGUACAUGGCCAACCUGUUCGCCGAUUGUGCUGACCAAGAUGAUGAGGCUGGUGCUAUGCGUAGCCGCGUGAAGAAGGGGCUCUUCCGAACUGUUGCGCAGAGGCACAAGGAACAGUUGUCGAGCUUGAUGACACAGCUGUACUCUACCCACCCACAUUUCGUGCGUUGCAUCAUUCCCAACCACAAAAAGAAGCCAAAACAGUUCCAGAGCCUUCUCGUUUUGGACCAGCUGCGCUGCAAUGGUGUGUUGGAGGGUAUUCGUAUCGCUCGAACUGGUUUCCCCAACAGGUUACCGUUUGCCGAGUUUAGACAGCGUUAUGAAGUCCUUUGCCCGAAUAUGCCCAAGGGGUAUGUCGAGGGCCAGGCAGCCGCAAGGAUCAUGCUCGAUAGGUUCGGUCUCGACAAGUCACUGUACCGUGUCGGUUUAACCAAGGUCUUUUUCCGCGCGGGUGUGCUUGCCGAAUUGGAAGAGAAGCGCGAUGCCAUCAUCACCGAAAUCAUGGCCAAGUUUCAAUCUCUGGCGCGUGGCUACAUUAAGAGGAGGAUUGCCUACAAACGCCUUUAUAGGGCAGAGGCAACCAGGGUCAUACAGAGAAACUUCCAAGUCUACCUAGAACUGAGCGAGAACCCAUGGUGGCAGCUCAUGGUCCGCAUGAAGCCUCUUCUCGGCGCUACUAGAACUGCAACAGAGGUUAAAAAGAGGGAUGAAAUGAUUCGUCAGCUUAGUGACCGGAUGAAGCAGGAAGCCAUGGAUCGGCAGAGGCUGGAGGAGGAGCGUCGCAAUGUUCACACCGAGAUGCUUCGAAUUCAGCAAACACUCGAGAGCGAACGUGCUUUGGCGCUUGACAAAGAGGAAAUCUUCAAGAGACUGCAGCUACGUGAAGCCGAGCUUGAAGACAAACUAGCGGGCGCUUUGGACGACCAAGAGCGCAUGGAGGAGCAAAUGGAUGGCCUCCUGGAAGCUAAGAAGCGCGCAGAAGUCGACGUAGAGAAGUACCGCUCACAGCUCGAGCAAGCUGCUGCCAUCAUCGGAAGGCUGGAAGAGGAGAAAUCUGAACUUGCAAACCGGGUUGCGGACCUAGAACGUCAAAUCGUCGAGAUCUCACAGAAGCAGUCCGAGCGCAGCGAACAGGAAACGGCGCUGGAAAGUGAGCUUAAGAUGCUACAGAGCCAGCUCUCCCUGAAGGAUCGCAAGGUGAAGGACCUGGAAAGCAAGCUGCUCAAGAUCGACCAGGAUAGCGAUGUCAAGCUUAUGACGACCCAGAAAGAGCUUCAGAUUGCCAAGAGCAAAAAUCAACAACUGGCCACCGAGAACACCCAGUUCCAACAACAGCUUACGCAACUCUCGAAGACGUCAACAAGUUAUGAGGAUCUCAUUCGAAAGAAAGAAAGCGAGCUUGCAAUUCUGCGUACGGAAAACAAGCAGCUGGCAACGGAGAGGCGAAGCAUUGAUGAUCAAACAAAGAUGCUUGCUUCCGAAAGGGAAAAGGCCGCUGAAAGACUCCGGGAAGUCCAGGCUGAAUUGACUGCCAUGAAGUCGCAACAAGCUCAGUUAAUGAGGGAGGCCGAGGAUGCCAAGAAGCUUCUCCAAGCUCGCCUCUCUGAGGACGCCCAGGCAGACCAAAACCGCCAAGUGCUCGAGGCCCAGAUCAAGGAUCUUAAGGAUGAGUUGUAUAACGCUCAGAUGGAACUUAGCAGGGAGCGUCAAUCUCGAGACGAUGUCCAGUUACUUGGUGAACACAAGUUUCAGACCCUCAAGGACGAGUUCAAUAGCCUGAAGGAGUCCAAGAUCGCAAUCGAGAAGGAGCUCUAUGCCCAGCAGGAUACGCUCCGGCGCGCAGUUGAGACCCGUGCAACGCUUGAACAGGAGCGGGAUGACGCCCGCGAGGAGAUCCGUCGUCUUCGCAGUGCCAUGACCCAGGCCGAGGAAGCACGACGUGAGGCCGAAGUGCUUGGAGAGCGAGCAGCAACCAAGAUCGCGCGGGAACGUGAAGAGAGUCUGCUCAAAGACCUCGAUGCGGCAAACGACAAACUUAAGUGGUACGAGUCCGAAUGCGCCAAGUUGAACUACCAAGUUGAGGACCUCAACAAGGUGAUCAUCGAAUCGGGUGAGUUUGGCCUCAAAAAUGAUCAGGCAAAGGAACGACUUGAGCGAGAACUCAACACCGUGAGAAGCCGACUGGCCGCUUCGGAAAACGACAACCGCACCCUUCUCAACAAGCUGCAACAGAAGGGCCUCGAAAUUGCACGAUCCGCGUCGAGGGCCGGUGAGGCAUCUCGAGCUCAACUCAUCCAGGUACAACGGGAGAAGACCAGAGUGGAGGAACAAAAUACCAAGCUCAACAAGCAACUGGGAGAUUCUCAGGUGACUGUCGCCGGACUGGAAAAGAAGGUGGAGAAGUUGCAGCUCACGAUCGAAGACCUGAACCACGAGCUUGCUAGGGAAACGCAAACCAGCCGCAAUGCUGAGAAGCUGUCGUCGAACGUUACAGUUCAGCUGGCAGAGGCGAACAGGACCAUUGAGUCUGAGCGGCAGUUGCGUACCCAAGCUCAAGGUACGGUCCGCACUCUUCAGUCCACCUUGGAUUCGCGUGAUAAGGAACUGAUUGAGCUCCGGGCUCAGCUCCUGAACGCGCUGAAGACGGUGGAUCCCGACACAGAUGACAGUCAUGUUCAAACCGAAGGUGCAAGUGCCAGUGAAAGGUUCCUCAGCAAGAACUUUGAUCUUGUCCGGAAGAUUGAAGACUUGCAGCAGAACCUUCGUGUCCAAACUACUGCACGCGCCAAUGCCGAAGCCCAGCUAGCGGAACUGAGGACCAGCAGGAACGACUCUCCGACCAGGCUGCGGCUCGAGGAAAUCAGUCCUAACGAGGCGCCUUUCACCGGAUCACCGACGCAGAAGCGCAAGACCAACGGACGCCACUACUCCAAUGCGUCCACUCCUCCUCCUCGUGAACGUCGUUUUACGAAUAGCGACUCGGAGAACCUCAAUGAUUCGAUGCAAAACCGCCAUCUCCAAAGCCAGCUGGAGCGCACCGCGGGCGGCGAGGAGGACCCGUAUCUCGACGAAAGCCCCCAGCUUCGGCGGGUGCAGAAGCUUGAAAAGGCCAAUAACCGACUUCAUGAACUGCUUGAUGAUUCCACCAAGAAAGUGUCGGCUUUGGAGAAGGCUCUUCGCACCGGUGAGCUGUCGCUUCGUGACAUCCAGACCAGGUCUCAUGAAGAGAUCCUCGACUUGCUUAAUAGCCAGGAGGACUCUCGACGCUCACUCUUGCACAGCCACAAGGAUGCGGUUGCGGAGCUGACGGACCUCAAGGAGCACUAUGACAAGGUGCGACACGAGCGUGCCAAGCUUGAAGUUGACCUUCGGGACGCCAGAUCGGAUCUCCAGGAGAUGUCAAUCGCCAGGGAUCAGGAGGCCGCAAGCCGGAGCCAGUUACUCCAAGAGUUUGCGGACCUCCAGAUUCGCCUGGAUGCUGAGACAUCCAAGCUGGCUGACGUAACAGCAAGCCUCCACCUCUAUAAAGGUCGGGCGGAUGAGUACUUCAGCAAGCUUGAACAGGCGGAGAUUGCCGUCCUCAAGGCCAACCGGGCAGAGACAUUUGCCAGGGCACAGGCGAAGGAAGCGGAGGACAGCUGCGCGGAGAUGAUGUCGGAGAGGAAGCGUCUGGAUGCAAUGAUUGAGGAUCUGCAACACUCGAACCAGAGACUGGAGGAGAAGAUCGAGGACAUGUCGACGGACCUUGCCGCUGUUACUCAGGCCAAGAAGAGGCUUCAGCACGAACUCGAAGAUUACCGCAACCAGCGUGCUAAUGAUAUUGAGGACAAGGAAUCGAGCAUGGAGCAGAUGCGCAAGAAGUAUCAGGCUGAGUUUGCGACGCUGGCCAACGAGCUUGACCGGGCCCGCGAGGAGAAGCUACGCAAGCAAUCGGAGAUUACGAGACUCCGGGAAGAGCUGGACGAGCUUCGGUCCAAGUGGGAUGACGAGGUGCUCAACAGCUCGACCUGGUCUAAGGAGAAGGCGCGGCUUGAGGCAACUCUCUCAGACGUGGUGGCCUCUCGUGACGAGGCUGUCAGCGCCCACAAUGAGGCUCAAAGCAAGAUUGUCACGCUCCUUGGCCAGGUGCGGUCACUCCGCUCGUCCCUUGACGAGAUCACGGCCGAGCGCGAUGCCCUGUUCCGCGAGAAGAGGAGCAUCGAGGCUAGGCUUGAAGAGGCCAAGGCUGGACUUGACGAGCUGGCCAACAGCGAGAGUCCAUCGCUGCGCAACGCGGCGCACAUGGACAGGGAGAUACUGGAGCUCAAGUCCAGCCUUGCUCAACAGGAAGACAUCGCUGCGGCUGCCGUGGAGAAGAUGCGGCGGGCCGAGGCCCUUGCUGCCGAGGUUCAGAAGGACAUUGCCGCUGAGCGCGAAAACAAUGCCGAUCUGCAGAAGCAGAAGGUCACUCUCGAGAAGAACUUUAACGAGCUGCAGAUGAAGCUCAUUGACCUUGAGACCAAGGGCUAUUCGACUGCCAGCCAUGAUAUCAAGUUCCUGCACAGCCGCAUCAAGGAGCUUGAAUCCCAGCUCGAAGAGCAAGAAAACGAGCGCAGCAAAUCAGCGCGUUCCGUUCGCAACGUCGACCGCAUCGUUAAGGACCUGCAGUCCCAGAUCGACCGCAAGGACAAGCAGAACACGCAGCUCCAGGAGGACGUGGGGCGCAUGCGCGACAAGGUUGACAAGCUUCUCAAGACCAUUGACGAGCUGCAAUCGUCCGAGAGCGCCAACGAGCUCUCGGCCCGUCGCGCCGAGCGCGAGCUACGCGAGGAAAAAGAAAAGGCGCUGAGGCUGGAGCGUGAGCUCGAGGGUUGGAAGAACCUCCGCAUGGAGAAGGGUUCCGCUAUGGGCGGCGGCGCGGGCAGCGUGGCGGGAAGCGUUUACGGCGGCAGUAUCAGGGGCAAGAGGACGUUUACGAAUGAUAUGAUGCAGAUGGAUGGGGUGAUUGAGAUUCCGAAGAGGAAGAGCAGCAUUAGUAGGGCGCCGAGUCUGACGAAGGGGUUUAUUUGA